GGCUCGGCUCGGCUCCGCGCCCGGCACCGCUCCGCUCCGCUCCUCACGGCCCGGCCGCUCCCGGGGCGCGCCCGCGGCGGCGCCAGCUCCCCGGAGAGGCGGGCGGGAGCGCGCUUCGCCUUAAAAAGAAAACCCCAAACCUUUAAUUUUUUUUUUUUUUUUUUUAAUUUGUGCGUGGUGAUCGGUGCGCGGGUGCGGGCAGCAUGGGGCUGCCGGCGCUGGAGUUCAGCGAGUGCUGCCUGGACAGCCCCCAGUUCCGGGAACGGCUCCGCUCCCACGAGGCCGAGCUGGAGAAGACCAACAAGUUCAUCAAGGAGCUCAUUAAGGACGGGAAGUCGCUCGUCGCCGCCCUCAAGAACCUGUCAGCGGCCAAGCGCAAGUUCGCAGACUCCCUGAACGAGUUUAAAUUCCGCUGCAUCGGUGAUGCUGAAACGGAUGACGAGAUCUGCAUAGCCAAGUCUCUGCAGGAGUUUGCCACGGUGCUGCGGAACCUGGAGGACGAGCGGAUGCGCAUGAUCGAGAACGCCAGCGAGGUGCUGAUCACGCCACUGGAGAAGUUUCGCAAGGAGCAGAUCGGGGCCGCUAAGGAUGCCAAAAAGAAAUACGACAAGGAGACGGAGAAGUAUUGUGGUGUCCUAGAAAAGCACUUAAACUUGUCUUCUAAGAAGAAAGAAUCCCAGCUUCAGGAGGCAGACAGCCAGGUGGACCUGGUUCGGCAGCAUUUCUACGAAGUCUCCCUGGAGUAUGUCUUCAAGGUGCAAGAGGUCCAGGAGAGGAAGAUGUUUGAGUUCGUGGAGCCUCUGCUGGCCUUUCUGCAGGGGCUUUUCACUUUCUACCACCAUGGCUACGAGCUUGCAAAGGACUUCAGCGAUUUCAAGACAGAGCUGACAAUCAGCAUCCAGAACACAAGAAAUCGUUUUGAAGGAACAAGGUCAGAGGUUGAAUCUUUGAUGAAGAAGAUGAAGGAGAAUCCUCACGAGCACAAAAACAUCAGCCCUUACACGAUGGAGGGUUAUCUCUACGUGCAGGAGAAACGUCACUUUGGGACUUCCUGGGUGAAGCAUUACUGCACGUACCAGAGGGAAUCGAAGCGGAUCACGAUGGUGCCGUUUGACCAGAAAUCUGGAGGAAAAGGGGGAGAAGACGAAGCUGUUAUCCUCAAAUCUUGCACACGGCGGAAAACCGACUCGAUUGAGAAGAGGUUUUGCUUUGAUGUGGAAGCUGUUGAUCGGCCCGGCGUGAUCACGAUGCAGGCACUUUCAGAAGAGGACCGAAGGCUGUGGAUGGAAGCCAUGGAUGGCCGGGAACCGGUCUACAACUCGAACAAAGACAACCAAAGCGAAGGCACUGCCCAGUUGGAUAAUAUUGGCUUCAGCAUUAUCAAGAAAUGCAUACAUGCUGUCGAAACAAGAGGGAUCAAUGAGCAAGGGCUCUACCGAAUCGUUGGAGUAAACUCUAGAGUUCAAAAGCUGUUGAGUAUAUUAAUGGAUCCCAAAACAGCUACAGAAACAGAAACAGAGAUCUGUGCAGAGUGGGAGAUAAAGACCAUUACUAGUGCACUGAAAACUUACCUGAGAAUGCUUCCAGGGCCGCUCAUGAUGUACCAGUUUCAAAGGAGCUUCAUCAAAGCUGCAAAACUGGAGAAUCAGGAGUCGAGGGUGUCAGAGAUCCACAGCCUCGUUCAUCGGCUCCCAGAGAAAAACAGGCAGAUGCUGCACUUGCUCAUGAACCACUUGGCAAAAGUUGCAAAUAAUCACAAGCAGAACCUGAUGACUGUUGCUAAUCUGGGUGUGGUAUUUGGGCCAACACUGCUUCGACCUCAAGAGGAAACAGUCGCUGCCAUUAUGGACAUCAAGUUUCAGAACAUUGUGAUUGAAAUUUUAAUAGAAAACCAUGAGAAGAUAUUUAACACGGUGCCAGAGACUCCGCCAUCAAACUCGCAGCUGCUGCUAUCUCGCAAGAAGAGCACGGACUCGAAGCCUCCCUCCUGCAGUGAGAGACCACUGACGCUCUUCCACACAGCACAGCCCAACGAGAAGCAGGAGAACAGGAACAGUAUCAUCAACUCCAGCUUGGAAUCCGUCAUCUCUUCAAACGUAAACAGCUUCCUCAACUCCAACAGCGCUCCCCAGCCCAGCCUGAACUCAAGUGAUCUUGAACUAGAAGUAAUUAAACCCAACAGGCCAAAUUCACUCCCUCAGAAUCCAAGCCCAACGUCACCCCUCUCACCGUCCUGGCCCAUGUUCUCCGCGCCAUCAAGUCCUAUGCCCACCUCCUCUACGUCCAGCGACUCAUCCCCCAUCAGCUCACCGCUGCGGAAAGCCCGAGCUUUGUACGCCUGUAAAGCAGAACACGACUCGGAACUCUCCUUCACGGCAGGCACUGUGUUUGAUAAUGUUCAUCCAUCCCAGGAGCCCGGCUGGCUGGAAGGGACCCUCAACGGGAAGACAGGAUUAAUCCCCGAGAACUACGUCGAGUUCCUAUAACUUUGGCCAUAAGAAGUGCCACUGCUGAGCUUUACAUGGUAUCCAUGGCAGCUGCUGGCAGGAGUCCUGCAGACCAUUUUGCUCUUUGCCACUGUGCGACGCAGGGUGAGGACUUGCCCGUACCCACUGAGAUGAAUGUUUGCGCGGAUAAUAACGUUCGUGUCUCCUGCCGCGCUCCUGUGGCGCGUGCCGGGGCUGCGGGGGGAACGGUCCUGGCGAGAUGUCUCGACUCCUCCAGCCCCGAGCAGAGGCCGGCGAUGCCCAAAGCCCACAUCCCAGCUGGGAGCCCUCACAGCAAUCAAAAAAACCCAGCAACGCAGCAGCUCCGCGCCGCAGCCCGAGUGCUUCGUAGGGGACGAGCCUGCAAACUGUGAACCGGCACGAGAGAGCCACCGAGCCCGAUGUCCCCUGCGGUGAGACGGUUUACCAGCUGUGAAGAGCGUUAGUGGGAGCUGAGGGACCCCAACCCAUCACCUCCCCGCCGGAGGAAGAGAGGUCAGCAGCGAGGAGUCCUGUCCUCCCGGGCCCUUCUCCGCUUUCCGACCAGCCCGAGCGAAGCUCUCCCAUGCAGCCGGGGAGCGAACCCAGCCCUUUCCCGCGCCGCUGCGGCAGGGGAAGGGCUGAGGUGUUUUUUUUCGGCUGAUGCCAAACCACGGGCUGUGUCUGCAGCAGCCGUUUGCAUGAGGGUGAGCUUCCCACGGCAGGUCGGGGGCAGCCCUGGCGAGGCGGCAGCCGUCCUGCCGUGCCACGGCAGAGCUCUGCUCUUGCGGGCGAGAGCGAGAAGCUCAGUGGGCUCUGCAGGGUGGGCACGGUACCCGGCGGGAGCUGUCAGGACUCGGCAGGCGUCAGCACAGUGGAGGGGAGAAUAUUUUGGACCAAAUCUCUCAAACUUUUUUUUUUUUUUUUUUAAAGAUUAAGAUUUUUGCGAGGUAAACAUCUGUUAUCUCUGCAGUCUGCGUUUCCUUCCUGGAGGGCAAGAUGCAGCUCCAGAUAAAUACCACUCCUUUUGUUUGACUGGCUGUUUUGUAUCUCCUCUUUCCAAUGCACAUUGCACAGAGACAUCCAUGCUUUCGCGAACGCCCAGGCCGCUGAUGUGCCAUUUUGGAGCUGCGUUUGCCACUCUCCACCGUUGCUUUUUCGGUGGUCACCUUGCUUGCAGCCUGGCGUGUAGUCUGUCCGUGCCAAGUCUGUGCAGUACUGGUUGUGCAAGGUAAAUUAUUUCCAUACUCACAGGACAUUUGUUGUUGGUGUGGCCAACCUACAGUCUACAGAAAACAAAGGACGAGCCCUUCGGCUCCAGCACCCCUCUGUUCCUGCCCUGGAGAGGAUGCUUGUGCCUCCGUGGACAUGUGGCGAGUGGUCAGCAGAGCGAGUUUGCAAAUCCCUCGCCAUUUCGGGUUGUUUUUAAGGGGGAGGGUGGGAGAAGAAGCCCUGCAUGACUGCAGAGCCAGGCUGGCCGGGUGGCAUGUCAAGAACUGGAAUGAUUAUAUUUUGUCAUAGAAAAUCGUGAAAGAAACCCCAGCCUGUUGGCAGAGAGACUCUGUUGUGCAGAAGCGACACUGUCGCACGCUGGUGGGGGAUGGAUGUCGUGUCUUUUUGUAAUAAUUUUAAAGACUCUGAGUGACUGAAUUGCUGUAUGUGUCACUUUAUUUUUGAAAGAAUUAAUGUAUAAAUAGAGUAUCUUAAAAUAUUA